AUGGCUUCUCAAAGGUUCCUCACUCUGAACACUGGCUAUCGGAUGCCUGCAGUCGGCCUAGGCACUUGGUUAUCUCAGCCCGACGAAGUAAAGCGAGCGGUAACCGCAGCUCUAAAGACUGGUUACAGGCACGUUGACUCGGCUGCAGCCUAUGGCAACGAAAAGCAGGUAGGUGAAGGGAUUAAGGCUUCCGGAGUACCUCGGAAGGAAAUAUUCAUUACGAGCAAGCUUUGGAAUACACAUCAUGCUCCUGAAGAUGUUGAAGAGGCGGUUGAUAAGAGUCUCAGCGACCUGCAGUUGGAUUACUUGGACCUUUACCUGAUCCAUUGGCCAGUUGCGUACCGGAAGUCAAAUGUCGUGAUCCAGCCAUUGCGGUCUGACGGCUAUAUUGACAUAGUUGAUUCCUCGCUCAACGAGACCUGGUCGGCGAUGGAGAAACUUGUUCAGAAAGGGAAAGUUCGAUCCAUCGGAGUUAGCAAUUUUACUGUAUCCAAGAUCCAGGACUUGAUGAAGACCCUUCUUGUUGAAUGCAGAGCAACUAUCAAGCCCGCGGUCAACCAAAUCGAAGCGCAUCCAUAUCUACAGCAGCGUGAUCUACUUGGGUGGUGCAAAAAAGAGGGCAUCGUGAUCACUGCUUAUUCUCCACUUGGAAAUAACAUCUACAACUUUCCACGCGUUGUCGAUGAUCCAUUAGUAAUCUCAAUUGCGGAAAAAUUAGGGAAGUCUCCUGCUCAAGUGCUGAUCAGCUGGGCCGUUCAACGAGGCACCUCUGUUCUACCAAAGUCUGUGACACCGGCAAGAAUAGAAAAUAAUUACCAAGAUUUCGAAUUAUCUCAAGAUGAUUUUGAUGCUAUUCAGAGCUUAGAACGACAUCAAAGGAACAACUUCCCGACAAAGAUAGGUCUCGAUAUUUUCGGGGAGCUUGGUGAUGAGGUUGCGAAAGCGAAAGCUGAUGAAUGGGUGAAAGAACAAAAGGCAUUAAACCAACAAUAA